AUGAGAAUGGACGGUGGAGAUUUUGGAUUGUGGUUAGAUUGACGGUGGAGAUUGGAAGGUUUAUCUUGUGUGGAGUUGUUUUGAGGAUUAGGCUGUGGUUUGAGGAGGAGUGAGGAUUCGACACGUGGUGUUGUUUGAUUGGUGAGAUAUCUGUGUUCCAUAUUUGAGUUAAAAGGAUUUGAUUCUUGUUA